AUGCAACCACCAGAAAAUCCGGUUGUGUUCGAGGACAGCAACAUGUCAAUGGAGUCGAUGGACUCAGUGGAAAAUUCGAUUCAAGAUCCUCCAUCUGUUACAGUUCCCCCUGCUCCGGAUAGUCGUUUUCAGAUUGAAGUGAAAGAUUUGAUCGAGUAUGAAUGGCCAUUGAAGUCUGGAGAUAAGUAUUUUUUACAGGAACAAGUAGGGGACCUGCUUGAUAUAAAAUCCUUUUCUCGGAAGUUUCCGGAAAUGAGCCGACGAAAAGUUGAAAAGGUUGAAAGAGACUGGCUCUGUGCUACGUACAACAUCCAUCAAACCAUGAACGAAACACAACUACGAGAUCUAUGUGCAAUGCGAUCUGUUGAAAUCCAUGAUUUGAUGGCCAGUGAAUACCCCGCAAUUUACCAGGUGAGAUCAUUACAAUCACAAAGAACUUCACUAUAUCCUUACUACCAUAAUAAAUUCUCCUCGACUACCAAAUUUCAGAUAAAAAACGAUUCGAAGAAAAUGGCAGAAUUGCGUGAGAAAGCAAUUAAAAGCGCUGCCGAGUUCAAUAGAGAACUUCAGUCAGCGAAAAAAUUGGAGCGGCAACAUUAUUGGGACGUUCAAACAUCGAUUAUUCAGUCUGCUACAAACAAAUGGAAGAAGGUUCCUGCAAAAUAUACCAAACCUGAUCCUUACCCAGUGGCUCUGAUCCAUGGGCAGUACCAGAAUUAUUAUAGGAAGUUCACAUCAGCGGAACUCCGUCGUCUUCCUCUAGGUAGUGUUUUGGAUGGCGAACACCUGUUUGCAGUGCAUCGAGAUCCUUCGCCGCCACCUAUCAAUGUCACGGAGAGAGACAUGCAAAGUAAGUACUUCACAAUUGAUGUGUCCAUCUUGACUGCCUUAUUGAGCUUUACUAAAAUUUCGUCACCUGCCAAAAAGAUUCCUUCUAAGCUUAAGCCCCUGGAUAAUGGUUGUAUUUCUUUUCGAGAUGUUUUGUGGGCAUUUAGGUGUGUAUCAUGUCCUCUACAAUCGCAUCCUUCUUGUUUGGAUAUGAAUGAUGAAAUGGCAGCUCAUGUUGCAACAUAUCCAUGGCAAUGUAUAGAAUGCAAGCGUUGCACCAUAUGCAGCAUGGGUGAUCGCGAAGCCAUGAUCUUCUGUGAUAAAUGCGAUCGCGGAUACCACACCUACUGCAUUGGCUUAGCUGAAGCUCCACAAGGAACUUGGAUCUGUCAACAGUAUUGCAAUCCGGUGGGGAAUCAUGCAACCACAUCAAGGCGAACGUCGUCAAGGAAGUCAUCUGCGGUCACAGUUUGA